AUGACCAGUAGCGAUGAGUCGGCUUCGGACGCCGACGAAGUUGCAUCCGCGGAGGACUCGGAUGCGGCAGUCAGGACUGUUGUUACCACUCCUGCGUCAACACGCAGGCCGCAGCGUGGUGCCGCAGCAGCAGCUCGUCGGCAAGCGAAGGCUGAUGCAAGGAAGCAACAGAUCUAUGAAUACCACCCAGAACUCUUGACAGUGUGGGACCAAUUGGAGAAAGAGAUGGAGGUCAUUGAGCCCGAGCAAGCCGAGCAGCCUGCCGAUGUCAGAGUGAAGCUGCUGCCGUUCCAACAGGAGGGAUUGUUCUGGAUGAAGGAGCAAGAGGAGAGCCGUUUCUCGGGUGGUAUCUUGGCAGAUGAAAUGGGUAUGGGCAAGACGAUACAAAUGAUCUCCCUACUAGUCUCUAAACGACAAAAGCCAAAUUUGAUCCUGACGCCUACAGUCGCUAUCAUGCAAUGGCUUGCAGAACUUCGCGAGAGAACAACACCUGAUUUGUUCAAAGUGAUGUUGUUCCAUGGCACCAAUCGCCCAACAAAGAAAGAGGAAUUGAUGGAGUACGACAUCGUGUUGUCUACGUACGCGAUCGUCGAGCAGGCGUAUCGGAAACAGCAUUAUGGAGCAAAGCGGAAUGGUGUGAAAGUUCACGAGCCCUCGCUUCUGCAUUCCGUCAAGUGGGCCCGAGUCAUCCUGGAUGAAGCGCACGCGAUCAAGGAUAGGUCGUGCUCAACCGCUCGAGCCGUCUUCAACUUGCAGCGAGAGAAGCAAUGGUCGCUAUCAGGAACGCCGCUGCAAAAUCGUGUCGGAGAGCUGUAUUCCCUUAUUCGUUUCAUGAACGCCGAUCCAUUCAGUUACUACUUCUGCAAGCGAUGUCCCUGCAAGAUGCAGACGUGGAGCUUUACGGACCGACGACAUUGCGAUGGGUGUGGGCAUAUCAGUCAUUCACAUUUCUGUUGGUGGAACGCUGAGAUUCUGAAGCCGAUUCAGCAGUUUGGAGGGCAGGGAGAGGGACUGGUGGCCUUCAAGAAGCUUGGAGCCUUGUUAGACCGAAUCAUGCUUCGUCGAACAAAAUUAGAACGCACGGAGGAGCUCGGUCUCCCGCCACGUGUUGUAACGGUCCGCCGAGAUGUGUUCAAUGAAGCAGAAGAGGAGCUCUACGAGAGUCUAUACUCCGAGUCUACGCGGACAUUCUCAACAUAUGUACAAGCCGACACCGUUCUGAACAACUACGCCAGCAUCUUCUCCCUACUUUCUCGGAUGCGCCUGGCCGUCAACCACCCCGAUCUCGUCACCACCCGCGUGGCCAUUGCAGCGAGCACGGCCACAGAACGCAUGGUCUGCGGUAUCUGCAAUGAGGAGGCCGAAGACCCCAUCAUGAGUAAAUGCAAGCACACGUUCUGCAGAGAGGACGCUAGACAGUAUAUCCAGAGUGCGCCUGAUCAGGAUACUCCGACGUGCCCGGUAUGCUACAAACCGAUGACGAUUGAUUUGACUCAGCCGGAGGUCAUACCGAAGAGUGGUGGAGAAACCGUCAAGAGUAGUAUUGUCAACUACAUCGACAUGGCAAAUUGGAGGAGUAGUUCCAAGAUUGAAGCUCUUGUAGAAGAGCUUACAGCGCUGCAACGGGAGGAGAGCACUGCCAAAUCCAUCGUCUUCUCUCAGUUCGUCGCCUUCUUGGAUCUCAUUCAAUGGCGUCUUUCCCGCGCUGGAUUCAAUGUCGUCAAGCUCGACGGCCGAAUGGGUCCGAUGCAGAGAGAUACCGUCAUCAAGCAGUUCAUGACCGACCCGAACGUGACUGUGUUCUUGGUGUCCUUGAAAGCUGGAGGUGUCGCGCUGAACCUCACGGAGGCUAGUCGGGUUUUCGUGAUGGAUCCGUGGUGGAACCCGGCGGUGGAAGAUCAAGCGUUUGAUCGCAUCCAUCGUCUAGGCCAAUACAGACCCAUUAAGAUUACGCGGAUGAUCAUCGAAAACUCGAUCGAGUCGCGUAUCCUCCAGCUUCAGGACAAGAAAAAGGCGCUGUUUCAAUCUACGGUUGGCAAGGAUAUGGAGGCGCUUGCCAAAUUGUCUGAGGAGGAUCUGAAGUUCUUGUUUGUUUUGUGA